UAGUCAGGCUCAACGUUCAACAACUUUAGACCAUGUGCGUAGUCGCUUUCAGCGCCAGAGUAGCCUGCAUAGUCAUGCGGUCGGCUUAGGUAACGAUGAUACUGAUUACGACGAUUAUGUUAGUCGGGAAGAGUCUGUCGGUCAGGAUGAGUCUGCCGGUCAUCUUGUUGAUUGGACGAUCGUCAGAGGCCAUGCCGGUGGCGGUCAGUUUAGGAUUAGAGGGCAUAGUGCGGCUGGCAUUUCUGAUCACGCGGGAGCCAACCGGGUUGAGGAUGCGACUCCACGGGGGAGGAAGCGCUCACAGUCCGCGGACAUAGACUGGUUGAUCACAUCACCCCAGCCCGAGGGCCCUGUUGACACCACUUUAAUACCCAGCUAGGGUGGGCACAUAGCAAAGGUUAUAUUUGAGGGAUCGGAGUGCAACUCUCCGAUUUCUGAAUGUCAUCCUAGGAAGAGGACGUUGGAUACAAUCAUCAGACUUCAGGACAUGUCUGAUGAACUGUACGGGGUGUUUCCUGCCACUCCACUUGGUCGUAUGCUGUAUAUAAUGCACCAGUACAUUGAUAGUGCUCUCAUUACGGCAUUUUUGGAAAGGUGGCAGCCUGAUACCAACACCUUCCACAUGCCGUGGGGGGAGAUGACCAUAAUGUUGCACGACGUGCAACGCAUCUUAGGAAUUGGCAUUGACAGUUCACUUCCCGUUGAACCGUCUCAUCGUGAGUGGCAGCUUGGCCUGGCCGGCCUGUUUGGGGAGCCAUUGUCGGAGAUGCGUGGGAAGGGGCAUUUCACCAGCGGCAACAUUAAUGUUGGUGCACUGUUGCAGCUAUGCAACCGUUCUCAGUCUAUGGAGACUCAGGCUACUGCAUACUACAUGGCUAUAGUGGGUUUCACGCUGCUCGUGGAUAAGACUAGAGUCGGGAUACGGCCUCACCCUGUUGUUGUUGUCACUGCUGAUCAGCAUGACAUUGCUUAGGGUGCAUUGACGCUUGCUCACAUGUAUCACCAACUGGGUAUGGCGACAAGGACUGGGUGCAAGACUAUUGCUGGUUGUCUGACACUAUUGCAGACAUGGAUAUACGAGUACUUCCGAGCCUUCCUCCCCCAUCUGCGUCAAGCUGACAUGCCGAACAAGACUAGGGCAGAGAUGUGGUUGCCGCAGAAGCCAAUCCGUGAGCUGAGCAGAUUGAGAGACUACAGAAGCAUACUGGACGCUAUGACAGAGACACAAGUUUUGUACAAGACCUCACACAUCGUUAUACUAAAUAUUUUAAAUUUCUGUUAUGUUGUUUAUGUUUAUUUUCUUUGUAAGCAGGUGGAGUGGACUGCGUACAUGAGUUCUGUUAGGGCUUUACUGAACGACCACCCACGCACCGCCUAUAUCGGUGGUAUCACCUGUUUUGAUAUCGUGGAGGUCUAUUUGCCUGAGAGAACAGUCAGACAGCUCGGGUUUGCACAGGCCAUACCCCCCCCCUUUGCUGAGACCUACCCAAACUGUGCGACCGGCACAGAGCUCCUACUCAGUGACAUUUGCUUCUCCGUCUAUGUACACGGAGAUGUAGAGUAGGUUCCUCUAUUGUGCUCGUGUAGUCAAGCAGGCAUUGCGUCGAGCAUCGGUUCCAUCAGAGGCUGGCCAUGAGUACAUUGACUGGUUUAGAGUGUCUUCCCACUCGUUUCUCAUCCCAGUUGAAGGACCCGCUGCUGCAUUCGGUGUUGUGGACAACAGAGUCGAUUUGCAGCUGAAUUUCCAAGUAGACUCGCGCCAUUGCUCAGGAUGCCAUCUAUUGUGAAAAUGACGCCUCGAAAAAGACACGCUGCUGAUAUGUGUCUAGAUGAACUUAGAUAGUUGUUUGAGGAGUGACAAACAUUUAGAGGGCA